UCGUACCAGGCAACGCAGCUGAUCUCCAUUUCUAAGGUCCACAGCCCACGUGGAGAAACUCCUUCAUAUAAGCAUACACGGGUACCUGCAUCACGGCUUCUUGGCUUUCCGUUCAUAAAACCAAGCGGCCGGCGAAGAGAGGACGAGAAACUCCGUCAGCUUGAUGACGAAAUCGGCGACGGAGAAGAAAAGGGUUCGGCGUGCACCGUCGGGCACCAGCAGAGAUCUUUCAGAUAGCCAGCCGAAGCAACCUGUCACAAAAAAGGACGUAUACCAGGUUUUUGCAGAGAAGGUCAGGGACAACAAGCAACUGAAAUCUAAAUGGGCAAUAAUGCAAGAAACAAGGGUAGAAUAUUUUAGAGGAAAGGACUUUCCAGUUUUCUUGAGAAAUCAUCUAGAGGUUAAAGAAAUAUUAGGGCAACAGAAAGAUCUAGAUGCAGAGGAAAUCAUCAAUACUUUACUCCGAAAGAACCUUAUAGUAAGAUGUGAUCGUGUGGUGAAAACUUUAAGGCCCGGAAAGAAGAAGUUGUCCUCGUGGCCUGUGCAUCUGGAAAUACAUAAUGAGCAAGUUUUCUCCAAAGAGGAUGCUUUUUUUGCCUGGACAUUCAUAAAAAGAAGGGUUCUAUGGCAGACAAUUCUUUCAUUCCUUUGGCCGCUGGUGGCUCUCGCAAUGUGCUUAUUCCCUGUGUACCCAUACCAAGUCAAGAUUGUUGUUCUGUACUCAUGUGCUGGAGCUCUGCUUUUUAUUGUAGUCCUGCUCUUAAUCAGAGCUGCAAUAUUUGGGGCAUUCUACAUCAUCCUUGGGAAUCGUAUAUGGUUCUUUCCCAAUAUCAAUGCGGAGGAGACAACCUUCAGUGAGCUUGUCCGUUUUUGGCCCAAGAAAGAAGAGGGUGAACCCAUUAAGUGGACAUCAAGGCUCUUCUAUGCGGUCAUCUCUGUGCUGAUCAUACUUGUUCUUAGGCACCAUGCUCCUGAUGAAGCUGCCAGAGCUAGGUAUCAAUCAAAAGUUUCAAAUAUUAUUGAUGAGAUGCUUGAGUGGUCUCCCAAAUUAGCACUGUCAGGAAUGUUGGAGAAGCAACAGCCUAUUGUUAAUGCUACAGAGGAGAAUCCUCCUGUGAAUGAGAGUUGGUCAGGCUCAGCCGAUCAGCAGAACACAACUGAUGGAUUUGAGAACCAAGAUGUUGAUGAUGAUGGGAAUAUCACAUAGAUUGAAUGAUUUUUACAAAAAACUAGUGCCUGGAUGAAUAAUAUUCACUGGAAUGAUUUUAUAGCUCUUUUUUUGUUAAAUUUUAAAUUGCAUGAGUUCUUUUUUUA